AUGGAGAGAGGUAGUUUAUCUAGUAUCUUGAGCAACGAAGUAGAGUCCAGGAAAUUGGAUUGGCUUAAAAGGGUGAAUAUCAUCAAAGGUGUUGCUUUUGCUUUAUCUUACAUGCACCAGGAUUGCUCACCGCCGAUUGUUCAUCGAGACAUAUCAAGCAGUAAUGUUUUGCUUGAUUCCGAGUUUGAAGCUUGUGUUUCAGAUUUUGGAAUAGCUAAGCUUCUCAAGCCAGACUCAUCCAACUGUACUGCAUUUGCAGGCACAUAUGGCUAUGUUGCACCGGAGCUUGCAUACACGAUUAAGGUUACACAGAUGUGUGAUGUCUACAGUUUUGGAGUAUUGUCAUUGGAAGUAAUCAAAGGAAAGCAUCUUGGGGAACAUAUUACUUUGCUAGCGAAUUCACCAACUAGAGAUGUGCAGCUUAGCCAUUUGCUAGAUGAACGCCUUCCAUACCCUGAAGAUGAAGUGAAAAAGGUUUUAGUUUUUAUCAUCAAGUUAGCAAUCUCUUGUUUACUUGAAACUCCAAAAUCAAGGCCAACAAUGCACUUCAUCUCCCAUAUGUUGUCAAUGGAUCCACCUAUUUCUCAAUAA